GGGUGAGGACAGCAAUUGUCCACGCCGCGAAACGGCAGUCGAUCCCACAUCAUCUUCGCCCUCUCGUCAUCCCCCAAUCGCCUUCUUUUCUCUUCAGCACCUCCUUAUCUUUGCCUCUCCUCCUCUUCCUGCACACUCAACAAAAGACCAAAUGAGUGGCAGUUGAAACUCGGAAGCAAAGAAAAUACUGCAAUUGGCCGCCAAUGGCUUCCUUUAUUCUCCCCAAAUAUUCCCUCCUUUCACCACUCCCUCCUCGAAAACCCAAAACCCACUUCGCGCAGAACCUCCAACACCUCCCCUGCUCAUCACAAUCCCAGUUUUAUGGUCUAAAGUUCUCUCAUUGUUCCUCUCUUUCCUCUCUCCCCUGUUCUCCUUCUAGGAAGAGUUCCAUUUAUGCCAAGGUGACGAAAGGGGGAGCCCCUCCUUCCUUCGCAUUGAAGGAUCAGGAUGGAAGAAAUGUGAGUCUCUCCAAGUUCAAAGGGAAGCCUGUGGUUGUCUAUUUCUACCCUGCCGAUGAAACCCCUGGAUGCACCAAACAGGCCUGUGCUUUCAGGGACUCUUACGAGAAGUUUAAGAAAGCUGGAGCUGAGGUUGUUGGGAUUAGUGGUGAUGACCCAUCUUCCCACAAGGCAUUUGCAAAGAAGUACAGACUUCCAUUCACCUUGUUGAGUGAUGAGGGUAACAAGGUGAGGAAAGACUGGGGGGUGCCAGCUGAUCUUUUUGGGGCAUUGCCUGGUAGACAGACUUAUGUUCUCGACAAGAAUGGGGUGGUUAAACUCAUCUACAACAAUCAGUUCCAACCUGAAAAGCAUAUUGAUGAAACCUUGAAACUACUUCAAAGCCUCUAAGACUUUCUCAUUUUAGAUUUUCCCUCUUCUUCUUUUCCUUUUUUUAUUUUUAAAUUUGUUUUUCUCCCUACCCAGUUGACUAGUUCUCUUGUAGUUCCACUUGCAUGAAUCGUGUGCUUUGUAUCUUCUAUAGCCCCUAUCUGUGCUUGCUUGGACCCAAUGUAUCACAAAGGAAGUUACUCCUUUCUGCUUCAGAUAAUCGAACUUUUUUUGUUAUUGUUGGGUUAAAAACUGAGCAAUGCUUAGUUCUUGCAAGAAAUAAAAAUAAAAUUAUUUGUUUGUUGCUUCAA